GGAACACGUCCAAGCCGCGACAUCAGAUCGGAAGGGAAAAACACCGCAACUGUACCGCUGGAUGAAGACUUUCAGAGUAGACAAGUUCGCAGUUCUUCCGAUCAGGCACACCACUGCAGCCGACGAUUUCGCCUUCGAAAGGUACCUGAUACAUGACAUGUGCCCAAGCCUCAAUACGAUGGGUACGGGGAGGAAGCCAGCUACGAUGAACCAGAGAAGAAAGGGAAAGCGUGAGCGGAAUAGACGAGGGAAGAUUUCGAUCGGACUACCGGUGGUGAAGUUUUCGACUGACGGAGGAGAACGCACCUCACUUCUCAACUGGCUGCAGGAGAACGUAGAAGGAGCGAAGACUCCGAAGAACGUCCGUUUCUCGGCCAGACAACAUUGGCUGGAUGGUUGGAAGAGAAUCUGUGCAUUAUUUGGAAGCUCUGAGGUACGAAUCGAAGGGAACGACAUGAGACUGAACCAAGCGAAGAAGCCGUGCCAAGAAGGGAGAGAAGUCGUAUUUACCAGGAUUAGAAGGACACCCACGACGACCGAGAGGAACAAACGCACGUUGCUAAGUCUGCUGAGGCAUUCGAGACUGACGACCACACUCACACGAUACUCGACAAACAAACUCGUGGGAUUGUACAGGACGACUUGCCUUUUCGGCAGAAAGGAGACACGCUACAAGCUGAAGAUUAAGAUCGACCAAGCUAUCCGACGGAAGACGAAGGUAAGCGUCCGAAGAAAGGUGACCGUAAAGUACCCGUUUAGUGCGUCUGUACUAAAGUCUGAAGUGAGAAGGAAGACAGAGACUGUGAUAGAAAAGAAGGUGGCCGAUAAUGCUGUAGCAGACCUAGUAAAGAGGAGAGUUAGGGUAGUGUGCACAAAAAACAAGACAGUGGGUGAAAUCAUUCACAACCACAGGAGGUUUGCGAACACCGGCCAGGUAACAUGCGGAUGCCAGUCUUUUAAAUUAGAUAAGCACGACGGACACGUUCUCACCCGACUGUACGAACUGGACGACGUACCAGCUUUCGUUAAGAAUGCGAGGAAUGUGACGAAACCGACCGUCCAACACAAUCGUGAGACCAUUAGACAGAGCAUAGGCGCAGCGACGACACACCUCAGAGGCAAAGUCAUAGACGAACUAGAUGUAGAAUCGUGUCUCUCAAACGAGGACAAAGGGGUAGCUUGGACCGAACAGGAUGUGAGAAGAUGGGCUAAGCAGUUUGAUGGGCUAGUUUUGAUACCAGUUGAUCGUAAUCCUGGAGAUACAGCGAUCAUCUGCCCUGUUCUGUACAGGCAUGCAUUUGGGAAGACUUUCACUUGGAACCCGGACUACAAGAAGGUAGACCGGACGGAAGAAGAAGUCAUGAAACUGUGCAAACAAGAGUACGAGACUGUUGGCCUUACAAGUGUGGGAAAAUGGAAGAUAGAUGGGAAGAUAGGAAAAACCUACGUAAUUCAUAAAGAUAAGGACCUACUGAGAUUGAGACCAAUCGCCCCCGCUUGCAGUGACCCUGCAGCGCUCGGACAACGAAGAUGCGCUAGAGCUCUAAACUACCUCCUGAAUCGGUUCUCUAGAAAGAGAAAUUUCCACAUCAAGUCCGCCUACGAAAUGACGGAAGAACUGGAGGUAAUCACCAAAAAACUGCAAAGCUCGGACUGUACGACGACCAUGGGGAGAUGCUAUGAUAUAAAAGAAAUGUUUUCUUCUCUUUCACAUGCAUCUGUCAAGGACGCGGUCUCCGACAUGGUGACGUACUUCGAAGAGCAAGGGUGGAAGCAAGUCAAGGUCGCCACUAGAGGGAAGAAGUGUACACUGUCGAAGACCAAAAAGAAGGAGGAAGGGUAUGUGACCGUGGAACUGGAUACGAUCCCCCAACUGGUUAACUAUGAUCUCAGGCACUCUUACAUGAGGUGUGGUAAUAUCAUAAAGCGUCAGACGGUGGGAAUCCCUAUGGGAAAAACCACCAGUCCAGUGAUGGCAACGGUAACCUGUGCUAUGGCGGAAGAGAGGUUCCUCUCGUCGCAAGGCGCAGAUAGAAAACUGGUCGCAGGUUGGAGAAUGGUAAACGAUGUCUCGAUCGUGGUGGUAUGCAGCAAUACAGAGGAGUCAUGGAGAAAGGCAGGUAAGAUACUGAAUAAUUUUCAGGAAUCUUAUGAUAAGAACCUGAAACUAAUCCGGAAGGACGCUGAUGCUAACCACUGGCAUUUCAUCGGCGGACGAAUGUAUAGCGUGGGCGACCCUGUCCAAGUGCACUUCGUCCAGGAGACUAAGAAUAGUGAACCCUUGAGCACCACGGGGAAGCUCCGCUACCAGCCCAUGCAGGACUUCGCUAGCUACUUAGAGAAAGCAGUGAAGAAAGGCGUUCUGUCGGUUACGUUGAAGAGACUCUGGCGAUCAUCGACAGCGAAAGCACUAUGCGUUACCCCUAUUGCUUAUGCGAUCACUGAAAGCAUCCUCCGGGGAUACACCCCGGAAGUUUCGCUAGGGGCUCUGUCCAAAUUGGCCAGAGCUACGAAAGACGGGAUACUGAGAUUGUUACUCGGUACGUUUAGACUGAUCUUGGAUCACAAGAAGAUACGGACCAGGAUCCCGGGCGAAACUCCGAAAGGAGGACAGAUGCCGGCACCCCGAACCUUACGGCAGUAGGAACAGAGGAGCCUACAGUUGUAACUGCCCAACGG